CGUGAAUAUUAGUGCUGUGAAUAUGGCACUCCUGCGCCAAUUUAUUGCCUUCGGGACUGAUAAUGCCGGAAUCGAGCGAUCAUUACGCUUCGUCCAGGCUUUAGUCUCUCUCUUCGCCACAUAUCGCUUCUCUGCAGCAGCCGCAUUGCUGCCUCUAACGUCAACCAAGUUUCCACCGUCAACGUCAUUUCUGGAACUGCGGGCCAAGAUCAACGUAACCAGGCGUCUCCUGCGAUUUGUUCGGUUCCUUGAGCAAUUCCAAUUGGGAUGGGAUUUGUACUCUUCCCAGGUAUUGGACUUCGAGACAUUACUCGAUGUGCUCGGCAAAACAUGCCUGGGGCUGUAUGGCAUGCUCGAAUCAGUGACCCUGCUCGACCUGCUAGAAGUAGACCAUCUGAAGAUUUUCGGCGCAGAGCAGACUGAUAACUUGAAUUAUCAAGCUCAGGUCUUUUGGCUCAUCGCUUUAUGCAUCUCGCUGUUUCGCUCCAGUAUCGCACUGCUGCGCUGUCUUGGCAAACAGCCGGCCCCGCAUGCAUCAUCCAACCACAACUCCAAAGAGAACAUCUCCAGUGAGAACAGCGAACAUCAGAAGGGAGAUGGACCAUUAAGGGAGAAUGGCGAUGGAUCUGGGGAUCAAGUGGCAUCGCAGAGCGGAGCGACAGAACCCAAGGAGGCUGUUCCUUCGCUGAUACUGAAGCUCGUAGCAACCACCAUGGACAUUCUCCUUCCAGCCGCUGCUGUUGGCUUGAUUGAAACUCAUCCUGCAGUGAUCGCACUGGCCAUGAUUAUUAGCACAGCAAUCACCGCCAACGACGUAUGGGUUAGGUGCGGCAAAGAGAUGCAAAGUCGCUGAAGGAAAGCAAACUUCAUGUGUAAAAAAUAAACAAGCUUCAUAAAUACAGUUAAACCGUCGCUAAGGGGAUAUUGUUUGUUGCAGUUUCAUGUUUCUCAGUAGGGUAUUUCUCUUCCCACUCCACUCUCUCGCGGACCAUAUCUCGCUUGCACCAGAUGACUGUAAUCCAGCCCCAGACCGCACACCAUAUGAAUGGCACGGCCCAGCAUACUCCGUACGCAACAGUGGCUGGAACUUCAUGUACGACGGCAAUAACGGUGAGGGCGCCGGCCAACAGAAGCGCAGGCACGGACCAGAAUACAGAUUGCUUGAACAGCAUUUGCCGGAAGCGGGGGCUGGCAUUGUAACGGGCCGCAAAAGCUUCUCGGUAUGGUCUACCGGCUCCGGCAUUGACGGCAACGACAUCUUCAAUAAAAUAGUACACUCCCGGCA